AUGGGCGCGUCUACGGGACCGAUCGUUUCGGCCUCAGCCUCGCCGCAUCCAUCUCCGUUGUUAGAGCCGAGAGACGCUCAACGCACGAACGAGAAUGGGCAGGGGCAAGUUGGCGCAUUUCUCUGGCCGCAAAGGUUCUUCACGCGGCAAUCCAUCUCUAGAAACUGGGAAAAUUCACCAUAUAUCACGGCAAUUCUCAAAAAUACGAAUGUGCCUCUGACACUGGAAGAACCUGGGGAAGAGGACAACAUCUUUUUCCUGCGGACGGAAGAGAAUUGGGCAGCAGAUAAAUAUCGCGUCGCCCCGCUUAUCGCCUUCCUCCGGGGUGCAACGAUAACAGAGCUUCAACAUGGAGACAUCAAAGACGUGAGAGGCAAUGGAAAUACUGCUAUAAUCAUCGAUGGCAACAUUUCACAUGGUAAAGGACGGUUCCGACCAUACCUUGGUAGCUUAUCACCACUCAGGCUAUUGGAGGAGCUGCGAGCAAAGCGCUACAACGAAAACCCUACUACUGCAGAAGAAGAUGGUUUCAUUGAUGCUGAACGACGUCUUAUCUAUAUUGUGGACCUGAGUCGUUGGAGUGUUCUUGCACUCGUUGGGUCCGCGCCAGAAUCGCUCUAUCGGCUUUUGGAUGACUUUUUGCUCAACUAUGUCUUGUCGAGGUCCUCCAUUGGCGUCCAUUUCUCGACGGAGGGUCCUGAGACUUUUGCCUUGGAGUUUUCGCUCCCUUACUCGGUAUGGCGUACGUCGAAGACCUUGAUGCACGAUCAUCGAUCCAUCGAUUCAGACAGGGAGCAUCUGAGGUUCUCUGAAGAUGUUACUUUCCUUCGAACCCUUUCCGGCUAUCGGGCUGAUGUUGAGGAAGUCGACGCUAUCUACUCGAGUCACAUCAGCUGCAUCGUAACUGGUUAUGAUCAGUCUCGAUGGACAUGUAUUCUGCUGUGUGAGGCCUGGUUCGAGGUUGAAAUCAUUGGAUUGCCAACGCCCGACAGUAUCGCACGCUACGAAGCUGAACUGCAAGAUGUCGAGGAGUCAAUGGGUGUGGUCAAGCUUUCGGACCCCAUGUGUCGGGGAAAAGGCGAUAUGUCCAGCUCGACAGCCACAUUGUGGCUACCUCGGUCGUAUUUUCUUCGCGUCAUGGAGAUACGCCUGAGUCAGAUACACAAAGAGUGGAUGGGCGUAUUCGAUAACAUCGAGAAGCAGAUCAAUGGCAUCACUGAGCGGCACCAGAAUCUUCUACGAGAAAUCCGCACGUUGGCUCGCGAUAUUCAAGCCACUCCAGCAUUGAUUAAUGCGUUGGAUGUCCUUGACGACUUUGAGGCGGGGAUUCUAAGAGCGGAAAAGAUAGUAAAGGGCCUGUCGCAGAAAAUGGAAGACGUUGUUUCGAGCGGUGACUCAUUCAUGACAACGGACGUCAACUACUUUUUGAACACGGAAGGCCGAAUAGGCGACGCACCAGAUUGUAUGCCUCAUUUAUCGCAAAUUCGAUGGAUCUUCAAUAAGCUUCGAAAGCUACGCCGGAGGCUCGGGGGUUUGGAAACAUCAUGCGAGGAAAUGAUUAAGGGCUGUUCGACUUCGAGAAAAGAGACCUUGCUUCGCAUCGAGCUGAACAGAGCCGUCGCUCCCCCUCCUCCUGCCUCGACUAUAGCUGCCGUUGUUGCGCCGAAGCAGUCACUGGCAGUCGGAGCUGCGUCUUGGAUGACAAUCAACGAUAAUUUCACAAGUGCCACCUCCGACGGCAAGGAUUGA